UUAGCCCUGCCCUGUAAAGUUGUGAUUCACAGCAAAUGGGUCUUCUUCACCUCACGUGGCUCUAUCUUCCAUUUUUUUUUUACAAUCUAUAAAUGGGGUACCUAAGAUAGAAUAGAGCCAUACUUAAAACUUGGAGAGAGAGAGAGAAAAUGAAGAAGAAAGAAAUGGCAGACUUGUUCAUUAAGCAGGCAAAGCAGUACGCAGAGGGUAGGCCUAGUUAUCCUCCACAAUUGUUUGAAUUCAUUGCUUCCAAGACACCCUCUCACGACCUUGCAUGGGAUGCUGGCGCUGGAAGCGGCCAAGCUUCUCGAUCUCUAUCUGGGAUCUACAAAAAUGUCAUAGCCACAGACACAAGUCCAAAACAGCUUGCAUUCGCUCCAAGGCUACCCAAUAUUAGAUACCAACUGACGCCUCCUACCAUGUCUAUUGCUGAGCUUGAAUCCAGUAUUGCACCUCAAUCAAGCAUUGAUGUUGUGACCAUUGCUCAGGCCAUCCAUUGGUUUGAUCUCCCUAAUUUCUAUCAACAAGCGAAGUGGGUACUCAAAAAACCUCACGGUGUCAUAGCUGCCUGGUGCUACACCGUGCCAGAAGUUAACGAAUCAGUCGAUGCAGUCUUCCAACCCUAUUAUAACAUUGCUGUGGAGCCUUAUUGGGAUCCGGCACGUAAAUUGGUGGACAACAAGUAUGAGACCAUCGAUUUUCCAUUUGAGCCAGUGGAUGGAGCUGAUCAUACUGGACCGUUUCCAUUUGUAACAGAAAGAUUAAUGGAUUUAGAUAGUUAUUUUACAUACUUAAGAUCGUGGUCAGCAUAUCAAACAGCUAAGGAGAAGGGUGUGGAGCUUUUGAGCAAUGAUGUGAUCGAGGAAUUCAAGCGUGCUUGGACUGAAGAUGGACAGGACAAGAAGGUCGUAAAGCAUCCAAUUUAUCUGAGGAUUGGAAGAGUGGGGAAUGAGUAAAUCAAAACACUAGCUUGGAUAAAUUGUGGCACCUCUCAUAUGAAAAUAAAACAUUUUGUUUCAAAGGAGUGAUGGAUGGUCAUCAUGGAUUCAUUUCCUUUGUCAGUAAAAUUAGGAGUAGUAGAUCAGUUGUGUUUAUCAUGUUGCCAUUUUAUACAAUGGAAUUCUGCUUUUGAAUGCUAUUAUAUUAGAAAGUAAA